CUUUUGGGGCCUUAUUUUCUUUAUGCUCUGUUCUUGCUGGUGAUCCAGAUUUUAAGUGAAUCCAGGCUCCACUGACUACAGGAGCUUUAUUUUGAAAAGUAAGUGCCGGAAGUCACAUUUGCACAUACAGGCAGGUGAACGUUGCUAGUUAGUUUAGCAAACACGUUGCGGAUGUUUGAAAGCAGUUUUGUGUGUGUGUGUGUGUGUGUGUGUGUGUGUGUGUGUGUGUUUUAAGUCGCGUUGGGGCCUGUGUGUUCACUGAAGAGGACAUUUCCUCGACAUGUGAAACUGUCCAACAGCGACAGGACUCGCCUGCUCUCCCUCCGGCUGCUCUUAUUUUGGUGACCAGCAGGUGAACGGACCCCGGCCGCCGCCGCGUCUCACCAGCGGAGUUACACUUUAAAUGUUAGCUCGACGGCUAACUAGCCAACACGGCUCGUGUCGCAGUGGCGGGUCGGCCGACUCAGCGCGGCAGGUGAAAGUUGGCGACGACGUCGACGAGAUCAAGAAGGAGGAGCUUGUUCGACGAGCAACACGCCGCUUUAAAUCUGUUUUGUUUUUACUUGACCCAUCUGUUGCCAGUCGAGGCGGCAAUCGGCGCGGUUUGAGGGCGUCGCCUGCGGGACGCCGUCAGAGUCGCGGCCAGCCAAUCCCCGCGGACCAGCCGUCACACGCUCGAAAUGCGAUCGGCGUCCAACUUGUAGCCAACGAGCGGAUUCGAAGACUCACAAUGGGCUACGUGGGCAGCUCGCGCGUUCUACCCUCGCCGACCAUGUAAGCUGACUUUGUCACGGAAGGAGCGAGAAGAAGACGAGCCGACACCGAGGGGCCAUCAGACCGGACCCCCCCCUCCCCCGCCUCCCAGCGCAGAGGUCCGCACUCACUGUCCUGCUACAACCGGACAAAAAAAACAUCUCUGACGCGACGCCCCCAUAUGCCUGCACCCACGGCCGCGUCGACAUCCACGGGGCGGUGAGAGGCGGACGGACGGAGGGAGGGACGGAGGGAGGCAGGCAGGCAGGCGACGGCAGCUCCGGGCUCCCCGACACUCGGCCGAGGAGAGGCAUCGCUGAAAUGAGAUGAGGCUCAGAAAUGGAACUGUGGCCACUGCGAUUAUCUUCUUCACGUCGUGCAUGAGCCUGUCCUGGUACACAGCGUGGCAGAAUGGCAAAGAGAAGCUGGUAGCUUACCAGCGGGAGUUUCAUGCCCUGAAAGAGCGCCUUCGUGUGGCAGAGCACAGGACGCUGCAGCGCUCGUCUGAGCUCAACAACGUUCUUGAGCAGUUCAGACGCGCCAUCGCCGAGACUAACAACAGCAAAGAUGCGCUCACAAACUUUUCAGACGAGACACAGAAACUACUGAAGGAGCUCGCGAAUAGGAAACAGCUCCAGGUGCCAAACAUCUACCACCACCUGCCUCACCUUCUCAACAAUGAGGGCAGCCUGCAGCCGGCCGUGCAGGUCGGUCUCGGCCGCACAGGAGUUACCAUGGUGAUGGGGAUUCCCACUGUGAAGCGGAAGGUGAAGUCAUAUCUGUCGGAGACGCUGCGUUCGCUAAUAGACAAGCUCUCACCGGAGGAGAAACUUGACUGUGUUAUUAUUGUCUUCGUUGGGGAGACUGACGUGGAGUACGUUCACAGCGUAGUCGCCGUUCUGGAGAAAGAGUUCGCCAUAGAGCUGAGUUCAGGCUUGCUAGAGGUGAUUUCCCCUCCGGCCGCCUAUUACCCCGACCUCGUCAACCUCAAAGAGACUUUUGGAGACUCCAAAGAGAGAGUCAAAUGGAGAACCAAGCAGAAUCUGGACUAUUCCUUCCUCAUGAUGUAUGCUGUGAACAAAGGGAUUUAUUAUGUCCAGCUGGAGGAUGACAUUGUGGCCAAGCCCAACUACUUUGCCACAAUGAAGAACUUUGCCCUGCAGCUCUCGUCAGAGGACUGGAUGAUCCUGGAGUUCUCUCAGCUGGGCUUCAUCGGAAAAAUGUUCCAGGCUCCAGACCUGAACCUCAUUGUUGAGUUCAUCUUCAUGUUCUACAAGGAGAAGCCCAUCGACUGGCUGCUGGACCAUAUUCUCUGGGUCAAAGUCUGCAAUCCUGAAAAAGAUGCGAAACACUGCGAGCGCCAGAAGUCCAGCCUACGAGUGCGGUUCAGACCCUCCCUAUUUCAACAUGUGGGACUCCAUUCGUCUCUUGCAGGAAAGAUCCAAAAACUCACUGACAAAGACUUCCUGAAGCCACUGCUCCACAAGAUGCAUGUCAACCCGCCGGCCGAGGUUUCCACAUCAAUGAAGGUUUAUCAGGGUCACACCCUGGAGAAGACGUACCUGGGAGAGGACUUCUUCUGGGCCAUUACUCCGACGGCAGGAGACUACGUUCUCUUUAAAUUUGACAGACCCAUCAGCAUAGAGAGGUUCCUGUUUCGCAGCGGUAACCAGGAGCACCCAGGGGACAAAAUCGAGAACACCACAGUGGAAAUACUGCCCGUCUUGGAAUCUGGAGUACAGAACAAAGAGAAGUACAAAAGAACGGAGGAUCGCUUUUACAGAAUCGGUCAGUUUGAGAGGGGUGUGGCCGAGGGGGCCGUAGAUCCUUCCUUCAAUCCUGUCUUGGCACUUCGGCUCUCCGUUCUCAAAGACUCUGCUGUGUGGGCCAUCGUCAGCGAAAUACACAUAAAGAGGAUAGCUGGCUAACUGUUCUGGAGAGAGGACAUGAAUCAUGGCCCCUGGGGGACCAAAAUCUCCUAGACUGCUUACGCAGGGCCUCUGGCACCUAGCAACCAGCAGUGAAAUCAUUAGAGCCCAAUAGGGUUGCUCUUCUGAGCUUGUCUGAGGGAAAACCAUUUCUCAGUCCCCCCGCUCUUCCCUAAUGUACCUUGUUAUUUUGCUUCUCAACGAUCGAUUUUCUCCCUUUCUUUCUGCAUCUCUCCCUCACUCUUGUGCUCUUAAUUCAUUGGUGUGAUUGUGAAUACUACUGUCUACAGAACAACAGCGGAGUGCGUGAAAGACGUCUGCUCACAGCUCUGGCUCUGAAAGUCACUGUGUUGCUCAGAAGCUUUGAGUACAAUCAGAAAAAUGCCUGGACAAACGAGGAGAAAUCAUCAUCAUGUGCGGGAGAACCUGUCACCUGGCCACUGGUGUAGAUGCUGCCAAAUCCUUCACUGUUACUCCAUGCUGCCACCCCUGGGCAAGCUGGGGCAUUGCACUGUCACUAGCGCCUCAGCAAAGCCCACGAUGAUCAAGAAUGUUGUCAUCACACACGGCCAGUUGUUUCCAUUCCCGGCCGAGACGACGACACUCGAGAUCGACACCAGCCCAGACAAAAAAAAUCUGUUCCUCUCUCCUAGAGUUUUGUAAUUCUCACUCAAAUGCUUCACUUGUCCUGAAAUGACAAAACUCAGGAUGAGCUUUUCCAAACGGUUCCCACAUCCUGCCUGGUCGAUGACAACUUGGACCCUCGGCUAGAUUCUUGGUUAUUACCACAGUCAGUCCAUGGAGAAAAUGCGAACCAUGAUACCAUAUCUCUCUCACCCACUGUCUGACAGGCUGUGUAUGACCUCAGUGUCCAUUUAUAGAAUACCAAUCAGACAUUGCCUUGGCGUAAUUUUCCGAUGGGAUAUAUUGUUAUAUUGAUAUAUUAUUACAGCUUUGACGAUCUAUGAAGGUGACUUAAUUUAUUUGAAAUAAAUCUUUAAUUUGUACAAGAGGUAAAAUAUAUUUUUAUUCUAUUAAGAGAUGUUUAUGGUAGUGGAGAGAGAAUCAGUUUUACUUAUGUAUUGUUUUUUUGGGUUUUUUUUCUAAAUCUUUAUUGUACAUUUUUAUUUUCAUCAUAACAGCUUCUUGUAAAAUAGCUUUGUAUGAAAGUAGCAAGAAGCUCCGUUCAGUUUGAUCCAUCUUUUCACUUGAAGUGACAUGUUAAAAGUGAGACUAUUCAUUUUCACUGUUUUAAAAACUAAAUGGUAGGAGAGUUGUGAAUUGUAGUUGUGGGUCAGAAUUAGAAAAAUGUGCCUUAUAUCCAGAUCCGUUAAAUGGUCUCAGUUACAUUAUCCAAGUCUGUUCUCUCUUAGUUCUGCUUACACUCUGAUUGCUGGAUAUACUAAUAUUUUGAAAAUGACACGUAUAGUCCAAUUGGUGAUUGGAUGUAAAGAACAAUAUCUCUUUUAUUGCUGAGUUAAAGUGGUAAACAAAUUAUUUUUUGUACCAGAUUUUACCAUCUGAAACAGCGUGAUUUGCACUGCUUUUUUUUCCUCUUCACUUUUAUGUUGCCAUCACUACCCUCACCAUCAUACUUAAAUUAUCACGAUGCUAAUUUCACUGACUCCUCCAAAUCCACUUUGCAAUCUAUUUCGUCCAAUCAUGUAUCUACUCUUUGAUUGGACAGAAUACCAUGACUACUGAUCAUUGCAGAGUGUGUCUGUUGUGGUAUCAUUUGGCUGAGGUUGUGUAGUUCUUUCAUAGAUUGUAAAUCUUAAAAAGGAAAAAAGCAACAAGCAACUCCCUCUCUCACUCACUCUCUUCUGCUUCACUCAAUAGUUUAUUUAAAUUCACUCUGAGUUUCGUGUUUGUGUGUGGCCAACUUUCUGAGUGGAAGCUAUUUUUAAGUGAAACUUCACUAAUUUUACGAUCCAGUGGUUUAGUCAAGGGGCUAGUGAAGUGCCUUUUUGUGGAAAUUGAUAUGAAAGUGACAAAUUGCUAAUAGUGCUUGUUCACACGCGUGGUCAUUAUUUCUAAUUUAUAAACGAUGUUUGUUUGGAUGGGUUUGUUUUUGUUCCGAUCAGAUCAGGCUCUUUCACCUCCUGAUCAAACCAUCUAACCUAGAGCUGUACUUGAGAAAACAGUAGUGCUUCAAUCUCUGUCUCUUUAGAUUCCGUUAACUGGGAUGGUGGGAGUUGACUCCAUUUAAACGGUGGAACGUGUUGUUUUGAAAGGGGUAAAGACUUUCAGUACUGCUAACAGGAUUGGCCCCUGCCCCAAACACGGCAUCCACAUACAAACUGAAACUGAACGCAUGAAAACAGCAUGGACGGUUAUGCGAUCCCCUACUGUAUUUCGAGGAGAGUGGACAGGGAGAGGACAAACAAACAAAGAAGGAAAGGAAGGAACAUCCCCACACAUCCAUCAGUUCACGUGCCUUCAUCAUGUACAGUACAUGUGAAUGCCCACAUCUGAUGAUAUUAUUGACAUCAAUUUUCAUGGACAUCUUUGAAAUAAAUGAUACAAGUUGUUAAAAGUCA